AUGGUCCAGUAUCCUGAGCCACAAGAAAUAAAAAAAAGUAAUUAUUAAGAAGUGGAAGGGUGGCUGAUUUGUUUAUUACGUUAAAAUUAGAUUAUUUCUUAUAAUUUUGCAUAUAAAUAAUUACUGGAAGUGCUGCGUUAAUCGAAAAGAAAAGCUAAAUGGAUUGUACAUGGUUGAAAGCAUCUCCGAGUUUUCUGUUUUCAGUUUACAAAAAGGCAUCGACACAGUGAACCUAUUGGAAGAUACAAAGUUUGAACAAUUUCUCCGACGUAUAGUAGCUAAAAUGAAACUCCAUAACACUGAAAUAUUCACUGCUGAAGAAAGACAAAAAUUGGAGAAAAUAUUCAAAGUUGAUGAAGAACAAUUGUUAUUAGCUAUAAAAACAGUGCUUUACUUAUUCAAGAGAAUGUUGAAGUUUAUAUUUAUGCCUAUGGAACUGAAAAAUGAUUUGUUAAAAAUUGGGCUAAAUGACGACAAAUCUGAAUUCUUUGUUAAAGUUUGGUCUACUGAGACUCAGUCGACUUUAAGUGAAUUAGGGUCAGAGACAGUUGCCAAGCACGGAGACACCCUUAACUUCACAUGGAAAUUAAAUGCAGAAUUAAGUUCAGAGUAUCGCAAGAAAUGUAAAGUACCAAAAGCCUAUCUGUCUAUAAAUAGUCCUACAGAACAAAAUGAGAUUGAAAUGACACAUUCCGAACUUCACACGCUAUUUCUUCAAUUUGAGUCUGUACAAAAUGAAUUAGACAGUAUCAUGUAAUUUUUUAUCAUUUUCCUGUUAAAUAUUAUGAAUAAAAAUAUUAUUUUUCAUAUUAA